AUGUUCUCAUCGUUGCAAUCGCGAUCAGGGCCAUACGCCUCCACUACAGCUAGCCUUGGAGAGCUCCCCUCGAUAACCACCGACGUUCCGAUCAGCGCAGUGUUUAUCGCCAUCUUCAUCGCAUUCGCUGCAACCAACAUGACAAUCUUGCAGAAGAACCUCCGCAGAAACCACAAGUUUGUGAUAUCAGGAGCAAUGUUUGGGUUCUGUAUGGCACGGAUCACCACCCUCGUUCUGCGCAUCGUCUGGGCGAACCGACAACACAAUGUCCGACUUGCGAUCGCGGCAGGCAUCUUCGUGAAUGCCGGUAUUCUCAUCAUCUACAUCGUCAACUUCAUUCUGUCGCAAAGAAUCCUCCGAGCAAAGCAACCUCACAUCGGAUGGAAUCCAGUCUAUCGGAUACUCUGCAAAGCUCUGUACUUCGCCAUCUUCGCCGCCCUGGUCAUGGUGAUCACGGCCAUGGUUGUAUCGGUCUACACGCUGAACCCUCAUACCAAGUCCAUCUGUCGCGACAUCCAACUCGCGUCGCUCACCUAUUUCCUCGUCUUCUCCUGCCUCCCGUUCCUCCAUAUCGCCGUGGCGUUGUGUCUACCGAGAUCCAAGGACGAAGAAACGUUCGGGGAGGGCAGCAUGAGCGCCAAAAUGAUUAUCAUGAUCCUAUCCGCAGGGCUAUGCGUCUUUAAUGCCGGGUUCAAGGCCGGAGUUAACUGGAGUCCUCUUCGUCCAAGAACCAAUCCCGGGUGGUUUGACUCAAAAGCGUGCUUUUUCGUUUUCAUCUUUGUCUUCGAGGUGCUCAUUCUGAGUCUGUUGACAUUCAGCCGUAUCGACAGGCGCUUCUUCGUGCCGAACGGUUGCGGGGGCCCUGGUGACUAUACUCGACUUCGAGACCAGACUGCUAAGACCGAGGGUGAUGACUCAGGGAGCCAAAAUGCUUGA